AUGACCCUCUUCCUCUCGCAGGAAGGGCUGUUGAUCAUGGCAAAUGACAAUAUAAUGAUCGCCCCCACGCAUCUGGACUCCACCUUCAGCAACAGCCAUGUCGUCCCCUAUCUCCCCCUCCCUAUAGAGCCUCAUCCUAUAGGGACUUUUCCCCUCAUCAACCGGUGUCUCCCUCUCAUGAACCGUCCUACAGACACUAUCCUCCAUCUCAGCAGGACCAUUCCAUUCCUCGCGGUCGACCACACUUGGAGGAUAUCAACUGAUCCACAUGUUACCGGAGUCCUGCAAGGCGUCGUUCACCCUCUCCUCAUCGUGGACCCUCAUUACGGUAUAAUCUCCCAAGGACCCAGUCCCCGACCUGAUCCGCCGUCGUUUCCUAUCGCAGGCCCUCCAGCGUAUGCGUUGUCUGCUAUGCCACCUGCUUCCUCGCUUGCUCCUAUGGCCCCUGUCCCAACUCUCGCCUCUCGCCAGCGCGACUUCAGUUGCAGGCUUUGA